CGCGCUUUUCCGCAUCCGAGGCCCGCCCCCACCUCCGCUCCGCCAGCGCUAUAUAUGGCCAUGGCUUCGAGCUGCCACCUUGGGUAGUUAGAGCAGACUUGAAUCAUCAUCCCACUGUGCUCUCAUCUCCACAGCAGCUGAGCAGAGUCAACCACGCACCAACCAGUUUCACAAGCACCUGCCGCGGGACGAAGCAAGGAAUCGGGCAGCGCAGCAGCGGCAUCGUCGCGAUGGGCGUGCUCUUCUCAUGCCCCGUGGAGGAGGAGGAGGACGUGCCGGCGGGAGCUGCCCUUCCGGCGCCGGAGGGCGGCGGCGGCGGCAAUGCCGGCGUGGAGCCGACGGCCCUCAAGCCGUCGUUGGCGGGCUCCGGGAAGCUUCGGUUCGAGCGCUCGCUCGGCAGCCUGAUCAGGCGGGAGCAGCAGAGCCCCAGCGCGCGCCUGCAGGUGGACGCCGAAAAGAUCCCCGCCACGUCGUCGCGCGCCACCGUGGCGCCCGUGCCGCUGGUCAUGCCCAGGGAGCUCGCGCGGACCAGGUUCGCCGACGCCGCGGCUGCUGCGGCCGCGCCGGAGAGCCCCAAGCACGAGGCGGCGGCCGUGACGGUGCAGAAGGUGUACAAGAGCUUCCGCACGCGCCGCCGCCUCGCCGACUGCGCCGUCGUCGUCGAGCAGAGCUGGUGGGAGCUGUUGGAUUUCGCGCUGCUCCGGCGGAGCUCCGUCUCUUUCUUUGACAUCGAGAGGCAGGAGUCGGCGGUGUCCAAGUGGGCAAGGGCAAGAACCAGAGCUGCCAAGGUUGGCAAAGGGUUGUCCAAGGAUGAGAAGGCCCAGAAACUUGCGCUGCAGCACUGGCUCGAAGCUAUUGACCCGCGCCACCGAUACGGUCAUAACCUUCACUAUUACUACGACUGCUGGCUGAGGUGCGAGAGCAAGGAGCCAUUCUUCUACUGGCUGGAUGUUGGAGAAGGCAAGGAAAUCAAUCUCGAGCGGUGUCCGCGGUUGAAGCUUCUGAGCCAGUGCAUCAAGUACCUUGGUCCGAAAGAAAGAGAAGAAUAUGAGGUUGUGAUUGAGGACGGCAAGUUCAUGUUCAAGAAAAGCAGGCAAAUCCUUGACACAUCCGGUGGAGCGAGAGAUGCCAAGUGGAUCUUUGUUCUAAGCACAUCCAAGAAUCUGUAUGUUGGACAGAAGAAAAAGGGCACAUUUCAGCAUUCAAGCUUCCUCGCUGGAGGAGCUACAUCUGCUGCUGGUCGACUAGUUGUCGAAGAUGGAAUCCUGAAGGCUAUCUGGCCACACAGCGGGCACUACCGCCCAACCGAAGAGAACUUCCAGGAAUUCCAGAGCUUCCUCAAAGACAACAAUGUCGACCUCACUGAUGUCAAGAUGAGCCCAGAUGAAGACGAUGAGGAGUUCUGGAGCAGGCUCAGAAGCAUUCCCUCCGACUGCUGCGCCGCUGCUGACAAACCUGAACAAGAUCAACAGGCCGCAGCUGAAGAAACCAACCCUUGCCAGGCACCUCAAGAAGUCACUGAAUCGAGCGCACCUGACGAAGUCUCUCUCUCACAGCACGAAGAAACCAGCAAGAGUCUCAGUCCCACUGCAACUGUCACGAGGCAAGAUUCAUCAGAGGACGCCGAGACCUCAACGUCCAGCCACCGUGCCUCCGUGUCCGACGAUAGUCAAGCGGAGAACCACGCCGCCGCUGCCGCCGCCGAUGACGACAACACGGCCGUGCCGAGGGAGAAGAUCCUGCAGAGGAUCAGCUCGAAGAAGGAGACCAAGUCGUACCAGCUGGGGAAGCAGGUGUCCUUCAAGUGGACCACGGGCGCGGGGCCCCGAAUCGUGUGCGUCCGGGACUACCCGUCGGAGCUCCAGCUCCGGGCGCUGGAGCAGGUGCACCUGUCGCCGCGGGGCGGCGCAGCUGCCGCCAUCGUCGCUGGGGCCGGCAGGGCGGCGUCGUCCCGGUUCGCGUCGCCGCAGCGGUGCAGCAGCCCGGUGGCGGCGAGAGGGCGCCGCGAGCUGCUGGCGCCGGGGGGAUGCGGCAGGGCGUCGUCGUCACGGUUCGCGUCGCCGCAGCGGUCGCGCUGCGAGCCGCUGACGGCGAGGGAGGCGUUCCGGACGCACCUGAUGGCCAGAGGUUAAUCUGAUCGGAUCAGCCAUUCAGCAAAGCAACCGAUGGAUGGAGAUUGGAGAGACAGUUUCAUUUCGUUUCUUUUCUUUUCUUGUGCAUAGAAGAAAGAAUAAGAUGGGAGUGAAAAAUUGCUUCCCGUGUAGAUCUUGUAGAGCGCUACACAUACGUGAAUACGGAAUCAAUACAGAAUUCUUUCAUUCUUUUGGUAUCCUGAUUAUGAUGAUGAAAUAAUGCAGCCUCUAAUCCCAUGCUA